AUGGGCUCGGCCCUCCCUUGCAUGGCCAUCCCCCAAAUCGUUGGCGAAUUCGGCAGCGUCUCGCAAGAGCAGAAAGUCCUUCUCAUUUCCAUCUUCCUCCUCGGCUACGUGUUUGGUCCUGUCAUCUGGGCACCGCUCAGUGAGCAGUAUGGCAGAAAGUAUCUCACCACCGCGACGUUCUUCGCCUAUUGCCUCUUUACCAUGGCAUCCGCCUUGUCGCCAACAUGGUCUUCAUUGCUAGGAUUUCGUCUAUGCGGUGGCGUGUUUGCCAGUGCCCCUAUAGCCGUGGUAGCCGGCAUACUGGCAGACAUAUAUGGUGAUGCUCGUGUACGAGGCAAAGCGUACUCCGCCUUCUUAGUCGUACGGCGUUUGCCCUUCCCCCAAGGAAAAAAAAAAAACCCAUCCCACGACUCAUAUCAGAAGCUGACACCAUGCCAGACAACAGUAUUCGGUCCCAUCUUUGGUCCAAUAGUAUCAGGGUUCGCGUCACCAACUAUCGGCUGGCGCUGGACGUUCUGGAUCGCCCUUCUUUACGCAGGCCUCACAUUCAUCAUGCUUCUCCUCCUCCCGGAGACCCAUCACCAGAUCCUCCUCGCCCGCCGCGCCAAGAAGCUCCGACAGCAAAGCCAAUCCGCCACCAUCGUCGCCCCCCGCGACCUCGAGACAACCGAGUUCUCCCAGCUCGUCAGCAAGGUGCUCACCCGCCCCCUCCGCAUGCUCUUCUUUGAGCCCAUCGUCGCCGCGACAUGCUCCUACCUCGCACUCGCCUAUGCUAUCUUCUACAUGUCCUUCCAGGCGUUCCCAAUCAUCUUCCUCCACCACUACGGCCUGUCCCCCGGCAUCACGGGACUCUGCUACUUGCCCAUCGGAGCAGGCGCCUUCUUGAGCAUGGUCUGCUUCUGGAGCUGGGACGCCUACGUCGCUCGUGCGUCUUCCCGAGGCGCAGUGUGGGCCAUGAGUGAUGAAUACCGUCGUGUGCCGCUCGCCACCGUCGGUGGUCCGUUGUUCGUCAUAUCUCUCUUCUGGCUGGGCUUCACCGCGAAGCCGAGCAUAUCUUUUGUGGUGCCUAUGCUCGCGGGCCUACCCUUCGGGAUGGGCUUCCAACUUAUAUUCAUGACCUUAUUAAAUUAUUUAACAGACGCGUACGAGGUGUAUGCUGCUUCCGCAAAUGCAGCCGCCUCCGCGACACGGUCCUGCCUAGCGGUUGUGUUGCCGCUAGCUACGAGAGCCAUGUUCAAUCGUCUCGGGGUAUCCGGUGCGUGUGCCGUCUUGGGAGGGCUGAGUGCUGCCAUGAGCGUUAUUCCAUUUGUAUUCUUGUGGAAGGGACAAGCUAUCAGGAAUAAAUCGCCAUUUUGUAUUGCUUUGCGACAGAUGAAGGAGGACUUGUUGCGCAAGGAGGAACAGAACCGCCUGGAGAAGGGUAAAGAGGCCAACAGGUCUAAUGACGUCUGA